AUGAAUAGAGACCAUAGGGCAGAUCCUCCUCCAGAAGCCUGCGAGGCAACCGUUCGUGAAAGCUCGAGCCGACCCCGUAGUCGAGUCAAGCAGACUAUUCAGAAAUUUGCGAAAGGCGCCACCAAGAAACUUUCUAAACUCUCCAAGGCUUCCCGCAGCCGCAUUCCUGCGACAGAAUGCCGACCUUCAGGAUACUUCGUUGAAUCAGAAUAUCGAGGCGCUCAGGAAACGCCACAUACACUACCUUUUACGGACGACAAGCAUCCCACCACAGCUGAAAAUCCCAGCAGCCAAGGCACAUCCGGAGAACCCGCUUCGAAGGUUCUCGACAUCUCCUCUGGCGUAGAGGGGACCUCUGGUCCCAAAUCAGCUGGUGCUGAACUUCAGGGUGCCCACAAGGCUUCAGAACAUAUGAAAACAUUCGGGGGGCAUGCGAAGUCUGUGACAUCCGCCGCCGCGAAUGCCCAAGCUGGUCUCGCUGCUGCAGAUGAUUUCCAGACCAAUUACCUCCAACCCCUAAAAAUUUUCGACAGCGCCAUCGAGAAGAUCGCAAAUGUGCAUCCAUAUGCAAAGAUGGCGUUGGGCGUACUUUCUGCUGCAGCCAAAAUUAUUCUUGCUCAAGUGAAGCGGGACGAGUCAGUAGAUCGUCUUCUCCAGAAAUUAGAUGAAGUCUAUGGCUUCAUUACCAGAGACGAGAAUCUUUCCAAGGUUGAAUCGAUGCAUGAUGUCAUCGGAAAGAUUGCCCAACAGACUCUGGAGUGCGCCCGUUUCAUCAGGGAAUACUCGGAGACGAAGAGCUUCUGGAAGAGAAUUGGUAAAAAUGUUGUCGCGGAAAUGGAUGAUAUCGUCACACGGUACAACGACGCCUUGGACGGCCUUAUGCAACAAUUUCGCGAUCAAACUGAUCGGGACGUAGCUAUCUUUGUCCAGUUUGCAGGUGAAACGCUCGAUCUCAACGGCAUGACUUAUGCAGCGGGAGCGGGACUAAAUGGCGGGCUAGGCCGGCCGAGGCACGAGGCAGGCCUAGAAUUUAGUCUAAGCGCGGAAUAA